AUGAAGUCGAUAUCCCUUCUUGCCGUCGCCUCGACGCUGUUUGCCUCCGCGCUGGCAGAUCUGAACAAAGCGCCGCUGUCCUCACGCCAGCUGCUCCAGUCCGGCGCGCUUCAGUCGCCCGCGCCCGCGCUCGCUGGCAAGGGUGCCCCUCAUGGCACAGCCAGCAGCGAGGCCGUGUCCAAGCUCUGCGACGAUCUGCAGCAGAAGCUCGGCGGCAAGGUGGUGCGGCUCCAGACGACGCUCGUCGACACGGCGUACUUCCAGUCCGUCGACCAUGCGUACAAUGCAGAGCAGCGCGCGUACAAGCCGACGUGCAGUGUCCUCGCGACGCAAGCCUCGCACGUCGUCGACACCUAUGCGGCCGUCAAGGCAGCCGGCGCCGGCUAUGGCGUGCGAGGCGGCGGUCACAACCCCAACUACGGCUGGAACUCGUCGCCCGAUGUCUUCAUCGACUUUGGCCAGUGGUGUGAUGUCACGCUGAGCGACGAUGGCAACACGGCGGAUAUCGCGCCCGGAUGUCGUUGGGGCGAGGUGUACAGCACUUUGGAGGCGCAGGGCAAGACGGUCGUCGGCGGACGCGUGUCGAACGUCGGCAUGGGCGCUGUUCUCGGUGGCGGUCUCUCGCACCUCACGCCAGAGCAUGGUCUCAUCGCCGACAACGUUAUGUCAUACACCAUCGUGCUGCCGUCCGGCGAGCUCGUGACAGCCGGGUCCGGGGGCGACUACGCCGACCUAUGGUGGGCGCUCAAGGGCAGCACGAACCAGAUGGGCAUCGUCGUCAACUACAAGCUGCUCACCAAGGACGUCGGCGAGUGGUGGGGCGGCCUGCUGACGUUCCUGCCCACGCAAGUCGACGCGUUUGUCGAUGCUGUCGCCGAGUAUAACGCGAAGUACGACUCGUUCAACGACACGAAGGCGGCCAUCGUGCCCACGAUUACCUGGGUCGACCUGCCCACUCCUGCGCUGCUGCUGGUCGGGCUCGCCUAUCACGGCCCAUCGCGCCCCAAGGGCAUCUUUGACAUGUUCUUCGACCUCAAGCCAGUGGCCGACACGACGAGAAAGUCGAGCUACGCCGACAUCAACGGGGUCUACGACUUUGGCUCGCUCUACGGCUCGUCGACGCACUUCCGCACCUCAUCCUCGUAUCUCUCGAAGACGCAGGCGCGUGAGAUCUACGCCGCGUUUCAGGACUUUGCGACCAAGAAUGUCGGCCUCUGGUGGAGCCUGAGCCUCUCCUACGAGAGCUUCACGGCCAGCGGCCUGGCGAAGGCUGCUGCCGCAGGUGGCAACCCGCAGGGCUGGGCCGCCGGACGUGGCUUCACGGCGCAGACGUACCUGGUGCAGUGGGUGCCGUCGCUGCCCACGCACAAGAAGCAGAGGCUGCUCGCCGCGGCCAAGGCGGCGACGACGGCGGGCUCGGACGACAUUCCGCUGUUCAUCAACUACGCCGCGGCGGACCAGCAGCCGCUGCUGAGCUACGGCAACCUGGACAGGCUGCGCGGCAUCAAGGCCAAGUACGACGCAGACUCGUAUGUGACAAAGCACACGGGCGGCCCGCGCUUCGAGGGCGGCGACUUCUGAGCGCCAAUGCAGUGUGAGCAGCCCGCAGCGGCGGUCGAGUAAUGUAUUCGUGGUCCAUGGAGGGCGAGUGAGGGUG